UAUCUCGUCUGUAUAUAAACAAGAUUUAUAUAGAGCGGAAAUACCUCAAUUAUCUCAGGAAAAAAAAUUGCGUUUUCUGCAAUUCGCAAAAACUAUAAGAAAUUUCGACAAAUUAGCGAAGCAAUUCUUCAACCAUUUUCGUGAAUAUGAAGAUUCUGUCGUGAAUUUUGAUUGGAGCAAUUUUCUGAUUCAAAUUGUUGUAGUUUUCCCGCCAUUUGUAACCGUGAAGAUGUUAAAACAUGCCUUGCAAUUGGAUUCCUUUGUGUUUUGACUUGGCUUCAAAAAGGGGAUGAUUCGUUGGCUAUCCUAUGAUGAUUCAUGGCACAGUUUGUCUUCCAAGCCCAAGUUUUGUCUAUAACCAAUGACUUAACGAUAAUAUUUUAGAUGGAGAGAGGACAGUAAGAUGUCAGUCCAAGUUGAAAGCAUAUGCCCACUUGGCAGUGACAUAUUCUACGACAUAUUGAGGCGUCUUGAUGGGGCAACUUUGGCAAGCGCAGCAUGUACCUGUGCAGCGUUCUCCUCUAUCUCAAAAGAGGAGCAAAUAUGGGAAAAUGUAUGCUCUUCCCUGUGGCCUUCAACCAACAGGGAUGAUGUGAAGAACUUGAUCAGAUCAAUAGGUGGGUUCAGAAAGUUUUAUGCCGACUGCUACCCUCUAAUUGUGAAUAAAGAUCUAGCUUUAGUUCCAUUGGAUUUCUUUCUGGAAUACCCUGAAGAAUGGCCAGAAGCUGACUAUUUUGAAGAUUUUGAAGAAUACGAAAGCAGCGCACCAUCUGAUGUUGUUUCCCUUGUUGAUAUAACAUACAACGAGAAGCCAAUCUUCUCGAAAGUCCUUUGGGGUAUUUCCGAGUCAGAUACACUAAACCGAUGGUUCUAUAAUUCUCCAUUCCACGUUAACCUUAGUAAUUCAGAUGUCAGUGACAACAUGGAGAAAGUCAUCAUAUCAGAUGCUGAUGGUUUGCCUCCAAUCGAGUCAUUAGAUAAUGAGAGAAAGGAAAGAAAGCUCUGGACGGAGCUCCAAGACAGAUUAAGACUUAGUUGGAUUGUUGUAAAUAGAAAGGUUAACCGAGCAGCCAAUGUUUCGAGUUUAAUACCACUAGGAGUUCAGAGGCAUUGGCCAGACGACAAAGAUUUUCUUGUUCGGUUUGGUUCAGUUCUCCCUGCAGAAGAUAUUCUACCCUGUCAAGUGGUAGAAUGCAUUCUUGUAGUGAAAUUCAGAAUGUUCAACAACACUGACAGCGGCCGUGUAAACCUUGAGCUAACCCAAGUAAACAUGCAGUUGGAAGACAUGGAAGGUUUUCAUGUUAAUGGAAGAAAUAGUUUGAUGGUGCUGAAAAAGGCGCUAAGCUGCAGGAAGAGCAGGAACUAUAGUGAAGUGCUCGAGUCUUGCAAUUUGUAUUCGAGAGUACGAAGUGAAAUAAAGGAGGAGAAGAUGAGAAACGAAAGCCGUGUUGAUAAGAUGUGCAUCUUAAGUGGUAUUGUAGCUAUUGUAACUUUCUGGUUCUGCAUCCUGUGAAAUCAUUUGUACAGUAACACACCUUUCUGUAAGUAAGAUUUUGUUUUAAAUUGUAUAUUGUACAACUAUGGUUUUGUUCUGUAUUAUACUGGAAAAUGUCAAUCUUUGACUUUUUUUUGAGAAAUAAAAUUUUAGUAUCAAUUUCUGAACAAAUUGAGCCCCA